AUUUUUUUUUUCUUUUUCAUUUGACUGUUACCAUACAUAUCAUUUUUUGUAACAUGUUAUUUUUUUACGUAGAUAUCAUUUAUACGGUUUUAUCUGUAUCAUCUCAGUGUUGUAAGACACCUUUUUUAUUUCCCUAUCAUUCUAUUUUUUAUGUAAAAUAUAUAUUUUAUCAAAUUGAUUUAUAGACAUGUGGUCAACUAUCUUAGAAUUCUAUGUCAUUGUUUAACAUAUUAAAUAGUAAUAUAUUUAUUUGCAGGAAUAUCAAAUGAAUAUAUUUAAAAUGUACAUUUAAUAAAAUAAUGUGUUAAAUUUUCACCGAAUCUAUACGGGUAAUCUUUUGCUAUUUUUAGAAUUUGUUAUUGACCUAUUUAAAUCUUCAUUUUUUUCAUUUACAUAGUGCUAAAUAAGAUGCACAUUUUUGUAACAAGAAAAAAAUGACAUUUAUGGUAAGGAGGUUGGGAUGAUUACUUGAUUAGUUUCAAAAGUGUAGGGACAAAGAGACUAUUUGGAUCUACGUUCGCAAAAUGUGAUCCACAUAUAUUUUCGUUCUUUUUCUUCGACAGGUAUAAUGUGACUAGCGAUCCAUUGCCUUCAACAUAUAUGGGACAACUAAGUCACAGUUAUUUUUUUCCUUCUUCGAUAGGGUCCAUUCUUUUGUUACUUCAAUUCAAUGUCUUUGCAUUCAAUUGGAUAAUACAUAUAUAGCUCUUAUCUAUUCCACGUCCAUUUUUUCAUUCUAGUUUCAUUAAUCAUUCUCAAAGGUUUGUUUGUUCAAUGAACGGAUUGUGCAUCCGUGUUUACGACGUCCCUACCCUACGCGUUGCCCAUCGUGUUGUAAGGUACGUUCUUGUUUAUGCCAAAGCCGUUUACAUGCAUGGCCCAAUUUGAUCAAAUCAAGGAAAGCAAUGUUAUAACGGGAAAAAUCCAAUGGAGAUAAACGUAACAUAAGGUGCCAAUGAAGAGAAUUUGUGAGCACAUGAGAAGAGUGGGCAGUGGAGUAAUAAUAUAGACACACCCUGCGCAAGUAGAAGAGAAGCAAACAAACAAGAAACAUUCAUAUUUUGAAGAUUAUUCACUUUUUGCUAAAAUGUACACUAGCUAGUAUUACUUACGGUAUGCACAUGUGGGAUAGUAGCACCGGCUCAAUAAUAAUAAAAAUCGUAUGUUAAGCGCACUAUCCAGCUCA